AUGGAAAAUUCUUCAAGGCACAGCAGCAGAAGUUCCCAUUCAAAGUCGGCACCUAAACAAAGACGAAACGGCUACGAGCCUUCUGAUGGAGACACUGACUGGCAGGACAGUCCAUGGCAUGAAAUUCCAGCGAAGAAAGACAAUAACCGUCUAAGGAACGUCAGAGUUUUGGUUAAAGAUCGGCCAAAUGCACUAGGUAGAAGCUUGACGCCUCCUAGUCGUUCUUCAAACCAUGAUUAUGAUUUUAGUUCCCCGGUCACAACUUUAAAACCCAGCUCAGCCAGAAAAAAUCAGCAUAAAUCUCCUUAUAGACCGCAACCGGAUGACGACGCUGAUGUUGUUACUUUGCAAACGAAUACUAGUCCUUUUAUAAGAAAUGAUCUCCCAAAACAUAUAGUGUAUCCUUCUAAAACUAAGGAAGAUGAAGCUGAAAUGAACAUAGAGGAGUUUGUUAAGACAUCAUCAAGUAGAACUCAAAAUCAUAGAAACAGGAGUACUUACAAUCGUAGAUCAGUAUCCGCUCCGAAACCAAGAGCAAAAGAGAAGGAACAGCGGGUUGUUACGGGUCUGGAGGCAUGGAAAGAAGACAGGACUCCGUCUCCGUUACCAAGAAAGCAUAGGGAAACAGCAACCGAGAUCAAUGAAAUUGUUGCUAAUGCAAGGGCUUUAAACGGCCCGGCUAACGUUGAUUUAAAGGUGACAGAAUCGAUUUCACCCGGCGACAUUUUCUUUUCUCAAACUUCGACAGUGCAAAGGAAUGUCGUAAAGAAAAAUCCCGGUCAGGGGAGCAACUUAACUUCUAAACCAAAGGAAGUUUCUAAGCGAGAUUCUGUGCCUCGUCAAAGAAGCAAACCAAAUUCUAAUACAGAUCAAACUACUCGCGGUGUUUCAUCAAAUACUGUGACAUCUCAAAAGAAUGCUGCGACAUUGAAUAGGGUCUCAAGCAGGAAGUCUAGUAGUAAAAGGAGUACACAGAGUAGUAAAAUGAGUGACGGCAGUGGAACGUUGAGUGAGAGUUUCAGAAAAUUCACAGACAAUAUGCAGAUAAGUCAGAAAAACACAUGGUUUAGCUGCGGGAGAAAGGGUCCUUGUAGGACGUCAAAAGCACCUGAAAGUUACGAGUUUGAUGAAGCUUCGUUCAUUCAGAAGGCGUUUGUGGUGGAAAACCUUAGACAGUUUUGGGCUGACAAGCAUCAACCUGGUUCUUUGAGUGGCUUCAUUUGUAACAAACAGCAAGCGCAGCAUCUAAAGCAAUUGAUAUCCCACAACACAUGCCCGCAUAUUCUGUUCAAGGGGCCUUCAGGUUCAGGGAAGAAAGCGCUAACCAGGGCAUUACUGUGUGAAAUCUAUGGAGAUCAAGCUCUAAAUAUAACUCACGAGUUAAGAUGCUUCAAUGUUCAGGAAAAGGGACCUAUGCAAAUAGUUGUUCCAUUAAUCUCCAGCCCUCACCAUGUGGAGCUUUAUCUCAAAUCAGAAACAACGAAUGUAAGGUUUGCGCUAAUGACCCUAGUCAAGGAAAUGACCAGUAGUCAUUCAAUGACUCCUGAAGUUAGCAACGCAACUUGUUGGGCGGAUUAUAAAGUGAUAGUAUUUUAUGAAGUAGAAAAACUAGCAGAGAAUGUUCAGCACAUGAUAAAAUGGAUAAUGGAUUGUUACAUGGAGACAUGCAAGAUCAUACUUUGCUGUGAAGAUGACAUUGGCAUACUCGAUUCAGUCAAAAGCAGAUGCAAAAUUGUCACAGUCGAUGCUCCCAUCACUCAUGAGAUUAUGGAAGUUCUUAUUCAAAUAGGAAGGAAAGAAAGCUUUGAUCUUCCCAUGAGCUUUGCUGCUAAAAUUGCAACCAAAUCGAAGCAGAACAUAAGAAAAGCAGUCAUGGCACUGGAAGCAUGUAAAGCUCACAACUACCCUUUCGCCGAUGAACAACCAAUUCCAAUAGGAUGGGAAGACGUGUUGGUGGAACUUUCUGCUGAUAUUCUCUCUGACCCAUCACCACAAAGAUCGUUUUUCAUUCGCGUCGAUUUGCAAAAGCUACUGGGUGAAUUUGUUCAUCCCAGAUUGAUUCUCCAGAAACUUGUGGAGCAGUUUCUGAAGAGAGUUGACGCUAGUGUAAAAAGAGAACUGUAUUAUUGGCAUGCUUACUAUGAUAAGAGACUUCCAGAAGGGACGACCGCUCUGCUUAAACUGGAAGAAUUUGUAGCAAAGUUCAUGAGUAUCUAUAGGAAGAGCUUGAGAGGUCGGCUUUCAUACAUUCCACAGUAAUAUCUUGUAUCCUCUCUGAGCGAGAUUACCAGCCAAGAGUUUAGCUUGUGUACAAAUAACAACAGAGUGUUUCUGUUUCGGAGUGAGAACUUACAAUGUUCUUCAUGUAUGCAUGCAUACAAUUUAUCUUUUGGCCCCCUCUUCAG